GAUCUGUUCUUCUUCUUCUUCUCUCCACAGUGGAAGGCGAAGGCGUCAAUCACGAUCUCCUCAUCGUUCUUCUUCGAUCUACGCGCGAUCACUGUUGCGUUAGCUCCGCCCGCCUCUUCUGUCUCCCCUUGCAUGUCUUCCGUCUCCACGUCUCUUCGGCACAUCGUGCCGGAGAACUCAUCCACCAGAGCGAUCGCGGCAUUUCGCCGAGUUCCAUGUUGCGUUGACGGGCGGAAGCUCGCGUCUCGUAACGCCCGUCGUUGGGCGCCGGGAUUAAGAGCGGACGAGAAGCGGUGGGGAAACGUGAAGGCUGUGACGAGUCCGGACUGCGACGGUCCUACGACUGCUACCGGCAGAUCCAAUGUUCCUAUCUUGUCUGGUUCUGAGGUUGUAGAAAGGCUUAAAGCGUUCCAUGAAAACAGAACUGGAGAGCAAAAUUACUUGGCCAUGUACUCCAGCAUUUUUGGUGGAAUUACCACAGAUUCUGCAGCAAUGGUGAUUCCCAUGGAUGAUCACAUGGUCCACAGAGGGCAUGGUGUUUUUGAUACUGCUGCUAUAAUGGACGGGCACCUAUAUGAGCUAGAUCAGCAUCUGGAUCGUUUCUUGUGGUCUGCAUCAAUGGCAAAAAUCCAGCUCCCUUUCGAUCGAUCAACUAUAAGGAGUAUCCUUAUACAAACUGUAAGUGCCUCAAAAUGUAUGCAAGGGUCACUAAGGUACUGGCUCUCUCCAGGACCUGGAGAUUUCUUACUAUCUCCAUCUGGAUGUCCAAAUCCUGCUCUCUAUACCAUUGUGAUUGAAGGCUCAUCCUUACCAGUCUGUAGUGGUGUUAAAGUAAUAACAUCUUCCAUCCCAAUGAAAUCUCAACAAUUUGCGGUGAUGAAGAAUGUUAAUUACCUGCCAAAUGCGCUCUCCAAAAUGGAAGCUGAAGAAAAUGGAGCAUUUGCAGCAAUUUGGUUGGAUGAUGAAGGGUUUGUUGCCGAGGGCCCCAACAUGAAUGUCGCUUUUGUUACUGCAGACAAAGAGCUACUCAUGCCUUAUUUCAACAAAGUUCUCAGUGGAUGCACAGCAAAACGAGUGCUAAGCCUCGCAGAAGAACUCGUAGCGGAUGGGAGACUUAGUGGAAUCAAGUUGAGGAAUAUAACAGUUCGGGAGGGGAAGACAGCAGAGGAGAUGAUGCUCAUCGGAAGUGGAAUCGUUGUGAAGCCUGUUCUGCAAUGGGAUGAUCACGUCAUCGGUGCUGGCGAGGAAGGUCCUGUUGCACAAGCUCUGUUUGAAUUGAUUUUGGAUGACAUGAAACAUGGUCCGCCUUCUGUAAGAACAUCUGUGCCGCUUGAAUGGUGCAAUUGGCAUGGUUUUCUUGCGCCAUUGGCGUGCAUGAUUAGAAGAAAGUCGAACUGUGUUACCUUCGAUUGUACUAUUUACUUGGCAUAUAAUUCUGUUCUUACCCAAGCAUGCAUGGGAGUUUCUUCAAGUAAACGUUCAAAGUCUUUCCCUGACGAUGACAUAAUGGUGUAGUUGAAGAAA